AUGGGAAAUAAUAAUAUGUGUUGUACUCAGGAGGAGUAAUAGAAAUAAUAAUAAACCAUUGGUUCAGAAUGUAUAACAACAAAUCCAGAUAUUAGUGAAGCUAUUCCACUCCUGCAUGAUGGCUACAAUCAUAUGCCAUUAUAAAACGAAUUCAGAGUCUAACCCACUAUUAAAACCAUUCAGUAGCAUCUGCGUAUCAGAUAACAAAUGAUAAGUGACAUUUUCAAUAGUUUUGUCCUGAAUCACAAGGAUUUGAUGUUUCCCUCUCAAAUGAAGAUUUCCUUAGUUUAAAAAUCCAUCAUUAUUGCAGAUAACAGUUAACAAUCACAAUUGGCUAUGAGUUUCAUCAAGGCAACUGAUUUUCAUAUUGAUUUGAAAUUGGAGAUCAAUCAAUUCAUAAACUACUUUGCUAAUCUGAUCCAAAAAUUUUACAAAGCAUCUUUGUUGAUUGAUGAGAUAAAGAUGCUCGUUUUGGACGAAUUGUUUGCAAAUGAAGGGUUUUAUAACUUUGUCAAACAAUAAUAUGACAAGGGAUUACACAGUAGGAUAAUUGCCUAUAGAACCAAUAUACAAAAGAUUGAAAGAUCGCAAAAGAAAUAGGAUAAAUUAUUAUCCAUUCUAUAGAAUAUGGUUAAUAAACGAUCUCCAAGAGAGAAACUACAAAUCUUAGAUGAUGUGGCUCAAAAAUUGACUUAGGAGUAUAAGAAUGCAGAUGCCGAUAAAUUUAAUGAACUCAUCUAUGAUUUGAUUGUCUAAGCCAAUAUACCUUCGUUUGUGACUGAAAUUAAAUUGAUUAACGAUUUUGCUGGAGAGAUUUUUGCUAGAGAUUCCUUGGGAAGAUAUGGCUACGUUCUUACUGCUUUUAUGGGGAUCUUAAUGCUAAUAAUUUAAAACUAUUGA